AUGGAUGAGUCCAAACCGGAGAUAGAUUCCGUUCAUCGGGCUCAUGAUCAGGAAACCCAAACAACGUUUGAUGUGAACCACAGGGAACCAACUAAUAAUAGGACUUCCUCUAUUGAGAGCAGAAGACCGCAUGGCUAUCCACCAUACAACCACAGGCACACACAGUCAUGGAGUGCAGGCCACCCUUAUCAUGCAGCACCAUAUCCUGAGUACUACCCAUAUGACAUGCACUAUCCACCCCCUCAUCAUCCACCUCCCUCUAUGCCAGUUCCACCUCAUGCAAACCACUAUUACCCAGGACGAACACCUCACUGGCAUAGCCAUCCUCCAAGCCCUGUGUUACCAUCACAUCUAUCUCCCAUUCCCCAUCCCCAUUCACCUUACCGCCCUUAUCAUUACCAUCACCCAGAUGCAUUUUAUCCAAAUCCUCCUUCCAUGCAUGGAGUUGCACCUCCACUAAGCAGUUCCCGUGAGAGAAGACACACUGACUCUGAUAUUGCCCGCCCCAAAGCAGAAUGGCCCCCUGGUUAUCAGCCUUUUGUUAAACCUGUGAUACCAUCGGACUAUCUGGCAAAUCUGCACAGAAAUCCAGCAUCUGAGUAUGGAGGGCCACCAUCCACUGCGACAUCUCUGCGGUCUACAGUUAUUGACCUGCCACAUUCCAGCUUUCCAAGCCCAAGGCUGUCAGCAAAACUUAGUCGGAAACGGGCACAUUCCAAUACCCCAUCAUCUGUUGAAUCUAUUGACUUGAACGCAUUAAUUCGAGGCUCACCAGAUUCCUUAUCAGGGUACCUUGGUCCAGCAAGGGUGUCUUCAGCAGGUUCCUUUGGUCACUUGAGUCCCAUUGGUUUUUGCACCUCUCCUGGAUCUCACCAAGCUAGUUGUUAUCCUGUUGCAAGAACUGUGUUCAUCACACCCCCACCUAUUGCCACUCCUCGAAUACCAACACCAUCUUCAACAAGUCGAGAUGCACUGCCCAGCUCAACAACUGGAGCUGAAGGAACCAAGGAAGAAAUGUCUGAAAGCAUGAGUUGUGCUGAGUCAUCACAGGUGUCUAGGGCUAAAGAACCACAGGGCACCUCCUGCAAGGAGGAAAGUAUGGAUGUUUGUCCUCUUGACUCUACAACAUCACCUGGUGCUUCAGAAGUGAAGGUAGGGUACAGUUUGGUAUUAAUGUUAAUAAUAAUCUCUUUUUACACCACAGCUGGACAAUGUAACCUCCUCCCUGGUAGUCCUCUCUCCUAAGUCAGAAAGUUUUGUUUUCAUGUUUCAUUAAAGCCACCACUUUUCUCCUCUAUUUACUGAUUCUUUCAUACAUGUAUCCAUUUAUUCAUUUUUUUUCUCUUAUAAAUGUAACCUGUCAAUGUGUACUUGCAUGUUAGUUACAAGCAUGGCAAUUAUUUGCAUUAACUAGGAAAUAUCUUUUGGCAGUGUUCACUUCUUAAUAGCUUUACUUGAAUGACAACCUUUUUUUGAUAGGAGAAGAAUCUUAACUUAGGACAGCAAUCAGAUUUAUUUUCUCAUUUCAUAAAUAAGUUACAGCUGUGGCUCUUAAUUUGUGAGAUGUAUUUCAUAUGGACUCCGAUUUUCACAAACCAACUAUGACCUAUCAAUUAUGGGAUGAAUCAGUCAAACAAGGCAAUACAGAAUUAAUCCAACCAUAUUCUCAUCUUUCUGUAUCUAAGAUGAGGCUACAUUUGGAAAAAAAAAUUUUCUUCUUGGUUAUAAUUACCAUCUUAUUAUAUGUUUUGAAUACAUUCUACAUGUAGAAUUCUCUUGCCACCACAAUAACAUAUGUUGUUGGGUGGUUUUUAAAGAGUAAACAGUGAAUUGUGUCAAAUAUUGUCCUGUUUGCUAAUUUUUAAAGCAGCAGAACAGUAAUGGUCUAGAAGAUAUCAUGAAUAUUUACAAGGCCAAACCAACAGGGAAUAUAAAUCACUUGAACAGAAACAAAGUUAUGUUCAAAUUCUAAACAUUUCUCUCAAAGGGUGUGAAUUUUUGGUUGAGAGACUGUUGUUUUUGCCAACUUCAAUUGCAAAUUGCAUUUGGCUGUAAAUGAACUGUGAUAUGUAGUUUUUUAAACUUUCAGAUUAAGAAUUUUUUAUUUUGUAUGAUCAUAGGCUGAAAAAUACUUUGCCUCGAUGCUAGUGCUCAAAGAUCACAAAUAUACAAUAAGAUAAUCAGGACAUAGUUAAGAUGUUUGUGGUUGAAAUAAUUGAGUUUAUCCCUUCUGCUGUAACCUUUAGCUUUGACAUCCAACUGUGCUACCCACAGACUUUGAAUCACAUGUGAACACAUGCAGUAGCAAAUUGUUUUUCCCUCUCUUCCUGUCUGCGUGAAUCAGUGUAGUGUAUCAGUAGUGAUAACCAAAAUAAGUACAGUUUAUUUAUUCAAAUGAAUAAGCUUAUCGUGACAGUUUUUCAAAUUUCCAAUUUUUGAUUGACAUACCGGAUAAAAACAAGUUUUCUUUUUCUGUUAUGUUAAACAAUGUAUUUCAUGGAUGGUAUCAUGUCUUUCUUUUAGUUUUAUACGGCAGGUAAAUUUGCAGACAUGUGAUGAUGCAAAUCUUAAUAUUUAGGCAGACUGUGAUUUCAAUAAGGAUUACUUAGUCUGCAGAUAAUCAUCAAAAUAAAGUCAAUGUACAUGUUGCUUUUAGGCCAAUAGUUCUUUUUAUUGGUCACAACCACAGGCGGCAAGAACAAUUCUUAUCUAUAACAUGGUUUGACAGGUCAUCAAACCCUACUUAUCAGGGGGCAUUAAUAAUUGCUUCUCAAUAUGUGCCUUCCAGAUGAAUUUUCAAUUUUCCUUUAGUGGGAAGGAUGGUAACGAUCUUGUAAAAGAAAUGAAAUCUUAUGUCUGUGUUAGCUGUAGGAUGGACUGUCAUCUCUGUGAUCCUCCCUGCAGAUUUUGUGGCAAAAACUGCACUGAUAACCUUUGCCAAAGCCAAUUAAAAAACCUAAGCCCUUUUGUUGUAUUUGCUGUUAUGGAGAAACCACUAGCAGACAACUAAAAAAGAUUAAGAGAACUGUGGGAACAAGACAUGUUCGUCUUGUGGUUUUAAAAGAUAAUAAGGCAUCAUUGUAUUAUGCAUUGGCUAGCCGUCAAGAAUGCUCUUCAGUGUUGAUCCACAGGAAAAUAAAAGCAAAACCUACCAAAAGAUACAUAACUGAACAAAAAAUUCCUGAUACAAUUAAACCGAAAAAAAGGAGCUGUAAAGUUAAAAAUGCAACCUGCUCAUGUAAUCCAACUGAUUUUCUGACCUGUUUGACUGUUCAAUUUAAUCCUGUUGUGACAAUUUCUAUUUCUAACUAUGUCAAUAUUUUGAUUUUUUAGAUUUUGACAAUUGGACCAUCCUCCCACAUUAUGUUUUGUUUAAAGACUGAUUCAGUGUGAUUUGUCUCAGACUACUUUUUUUUUAGUUGUGCUCAAAUUGAAGAACAUAAUUUCUGAAAAAAUAUGGCUUCAUUAAACCCAAGGUCUUGAAAGCAUAAAUCUUGUAUUAUUUCCAUUCCAUAUAUCUUUGUGUAGCUCCAAUUCCAUCAUUUAUUGCCUUAUUUUCAAAUAGGCUGAUUGUUUUAUCCAUGAGGAGUUUUUGUCACCAAGAAUAUUCAACUUAACAAUUGGUUCAUAUGUCAGCAUGCGUUCAUAGAGAUAUGAAGCACGCAGGAAGUUUGGAGAGCAUGAAAGAUGUGUAAGAGUUGCUUGAGGCAUAGCUGAGAGCAACUCUAGCUUUUUGAGUGCCCUCCAAACUUCCCAAGUGCUUCAUAUCUCCAGAAAGUUUGGAGAGCACGAAAGAUGCGUAAGAGUUGCUCGAGGCGUAGCUGAGAGCAACUCUAGCUUCUUGAGUGCCCUCCAAACUUCCCAAGUGCUUCAUAUCUCAAUGAACACACAGCUGACAUAUGAACCAAUUGUUUUAUAACAUUUUCAACCUGAUUGUUUAAAUGUUGUAAAAGGGUUAAUAUUCCCUCUGCUACGCUUCAGUUUCAGGAAAACAUUUCGCUCAAAACUGACAGGUGAAUUCAUGCGUGUAAAUGAACUUUAUUUUCUGAUUGAAUACAAAAUUCUUUUAUCCAAAGAAAAACAAAGAUGCUGUUUUAUCGGCUAAUUCACAACAGGCCACAUCCUAGCUUCAUGUGACAGAAAGUCUGACUUACAAACAAAUCUAGGAAGGCAUUGCAAGGUUCCUAAAGAUUUUCACAUUAUCAACACAAAAGAAUAUUUCAAACAUACUUUUAUGGUAUAAAUAUUCAGAAACAUAUAAGUCUCAACCAGUUUUUUAAUAGUGAAAUCCCAAAGUAAAAAAUCACAGAGAGAAUUUUUUUCUUGAGGGAUUUGUUUGCUGACGUCAUGAGUGUGCACAAUAGGAAUAUGAAGCAUGCUCAUGCAAUUGAAUUUGAUUGGACAAAUUUACUAGCUAUGUUAUAAAAUUAUUUGCUAUAGACAAAGUGAAUAUUGAGUGAUAAUCCUCCCAACUACAAUGGGUAGUAUCCAACAGAAUUCAUUGAGCCUGAGAUGAUUACUGGUAAUUGUUUAGUUAUUGUUCUGGUGAUUAUCAGACUAUAAGAUUCACUCUAAUUAAUGUGGUGUAUGACGCAAGUCUUCAUGCUGUUGCUUGUCAGCCUCAUUUUCAUGUUUCACAGCUGUCAACAUAUUGUGUAUGUUUUUCUUUGCGCCUUAAGUCUAUUCUGAUGCUAUACGCCACAGUGGCAACGAGGAUGGGAUAAAUAACCUGGAAUGGAGACCAGUUAAUCUAUCUUAGAUUUUGAGAGAAGCAUAGGAGAAGUUAAUGGGCGUAGCUUGGUUGCCACUGGUCAGGGAAUGAUCAGAUACUGCAAGGAUUAGAUGUUGAAAAAAAGGGUCCAGGAAGAAAGGAAUACAACAGAUCAUGGUGUAGCAAGGAUUACAAGUUCAUAAGGUCAAGAGAGCAGACUCAUGUCAUACACCACAAUCAAAAGCUCAUAAGCAAGUCUUUCUUAAAUUUCAUACUGUAUUCAAUCCCAGCUGUAUGCAAUUCCAACUUGACUGCCCUCUUACAGAAGCAUGGGGAUUGAUGGGUAGAUGACACAGUCAUUCUAUGAACUGCAUCUUACAGAAGCAGAAACUGUAUAAAAGGAGAUAAUUUAUAAUGGUCAUGUUAAUAUUAAUUUGCAUGAAAGAGUUUUAACGGGCUGAAAAUGUCCACCAAGGAGGCAAGUUCAAUCAAUUCAGACUGAUAAGUUAAAUGCCCUUGCUAUCAUCAGCUGUGAAAAUUUAAGUGUUCUGCAACAGAUUACACUCUCUAUUGGUUUACCAUCCUAAUAACCCACUUGGGUUAUUGGGGGAACAUGAGAAGAUGUUGUGAAUCACCAGCUUGAAAUGAGUGAUUUACAAAUUUUUAGGGGUUCUGCCAGCAUCCCAAGAGGGUUGCUACAAACCAUCAAAACCUUAGAGGGGGCUCUCUAUUGUUUUAAUACAAUAAACUUAAAAAGGAAAAAUUUUCUAUAAAGCAUAGGUUUUUCAGAAUUCAGGGUGUUUGUAUGUGGUAUCUCAGAUGUUUUAUGUAGCAAGAUAUGAUGCAAUCCUAAACCAAUCAGAGAGCACACAUUUACACAUUCAGCUGACCAAUUCUACUUUAAGCUUUUGGUAAGAUCCCAAUGCUUGAUCAGUUAGAUCAAUUCAUACUUCCCACAUUUUUUGUGAAAGCUAGACAACUGGAAUAUGUGUAUCUUUGGGCUCAGUGAUAAGCAGUCUAGGUUAAUCAUAAAUGUACAAAUUCAGGCUGUAGUAAUUUCUAUAACCUUAUCCAGUACUCUUUGGCAUGCACAGAGUUGCAAUAUUUGAAAUUUGUAUCUAAUUAAAUUGCAAUGUGAUCCUUCAUGUAGUCCUGGGAAAAAAAAAACAUAUCAAAUAAAAUUGCUGUAAGAGCAGAGAAUGAAAGAUGAAUCUUUAAAGAGUUAUCCGACAGUCAGUUCAAUUUUGCAGUUAAUGUGGACACAGCUCUUCGUGUAAUUUUUACUUUUGAUAAUGUGCAUACAACAGGGGUUAACUGAGGGAUUCAGUGUGGAAAUGUAAAGUUGUACAAUCAGGGAACAAAGAGUUUGAGACAUAUCACAAUUUUCCAGUAACCAGAAUGAAAUUCUGUAUGCACUGGGGUCCUCCUCUCUUAUUCUUAGACUUUGUUUGUGGGCCACUUUAACCCUUUAACUCCCAUGAGUGAGGAAGAGAGAAUUUCUUCUUACAAUAUCAAGCAGACAAGUCAUGAGAAUAGAGAAAAUAUUAAUUUGGGGAUUCUUAGUUGAUCCAAUACCAAAUUCUCCAAACUAACAUCACAAGAACUAUAUGGCAGACAGUAAGGAGGGUUACUAAUGAGAUCUUGGGAGUUAACCUUGACCACUUUUUACAUAACAGCAGGAAGGCUCAGACAAUGAAGGAGAAGAGAAUCAAGGAGAGCAGGAUCAAGAGCGAGAUUUGACUUGCCAUUGGAAGGAAUGUCAAAAGCUGUUUGAAACACAGGAUGAUCUGGUCAAACAUGUCAACACUGACCACAUCAAGAAAGAUCGCAAGGACUUCACUUGCUACUGGGAUGGCUGCACCAGAGAGAAGAAACCCUUUAAAGCCCAGUACAUGUUGGUGGUACACAUGCGACGUCACACAGGGGAGAAGCCACAUAAAUGCACUGUAAGUCUAAACAGAGAUUCUAUCCCAAAACUGUUGUCUACACUAAGUGCUGCAUGUAUUGAUAUAUAACAGUGUGCCACAAGGCCCACUUGCACACCUACAUUUCAGCAAAUUAGUUUUAACUGGUGCCAAUUCGAGUUUAUGUGGAAAAUUUCAUCUUAAUUGACCAUCGUUUGUCUGUAGGGUAAGGUCAGACAACAUUUACCCUAUUUUCCACCAAUUCCCCUUGAUUCCACUUCUGUGAAAUUCUUCUUAUUCUGUCUUACUUCUGAUGAUGAUGAUUAUUCUUAUUCUGUCUUACUGCAUUUAAUUACACUGUUUAAUGAUCUUGUAGGCUUUAUACAGUCUACAAUUAAACCAGAAUGGCACAGUGUUCAAGCAGUAAGAGGAACAACUUCUCAUUCACACACCCUCCUAAUCACUAAUAGUUUUCUCACCCAAAACCAGACUGGACUAUUUGGUCAACAGUCCACUUUGCUAUCAACUGUAAGUUUGUACGAAGUGGCUGUCCAAUGAGGAGAUGACUGAAAUAACCGUCCACUUCCCUUUCACUUCAAAGAUCUUGAUAUUCCUUCUCUUUCCUGUCAGCCAUACAUUUCUUAAAAUAUUAGUUCUAAAAAAAUUGCUGUGCAAUCAUUCAACCUUCCAUAUAGGAAGUUGAUGUUUUUCUCUGUUCUGAUCACCUUUCACUCGAUUGUGCAUUGAUAUGAAGGAGUAAUUACUUUGUGGUCAUUCAAAGUACCAAAGGAAAAAUUGCUCUAUAAAAUGUAUGUAAUGGGCUCACUAUUGUUAGAAAUAUUCUAAGUCAAAGUAACAGGUCUUGAAACAAUCCUAUUCUCUCUUUAGUAUGAAGGCUGCAACAAGGCUUACUCCAGACUUGAGAAUCUCAAAACUCACCUCCGUUCACAUACUGGGGAGAGGCCAUAUGUUUGUGAAGUGGAAGGGUGCAAUAAAGCUUUCUCUAAUGCUUCUGACAGAGCCAAGCAUCAAAACAGGACACAUUCUUCUGUGGUAAGCAGACCCUAUACACUUUAAAAAUGAUUUAUAGCGCUUUUUUUAAUCUCGAUCAUUUCUCAGAAAUUCACAAAUUUAUCAUGACAUGGACUUACUUAGAUGAAAAAAAUAACAUGCAUGUACUUGCUAUUAUAGAAACCUUAUGUCUGUAAAGUACCAGGCUGCCCAAAGAGGUACACAGAUCCCAGCUCACUGAGGAAACAUACAAAAACUGUCCAUGGAGAACAAGGAAUUAAGAGGGUAAAUAUGAGAAGUCUAUUAAUUGCAAGUGACAACCUCUUGUGAACUUUCUGAAAUCUAAAUCAAAGAACUGCAAGAACUCAAGUCAGGUCAAAAUUUUCAGAAGGGGACCUUUAUCUUUUGUGAAUUGUAUACCUGCUGGUACAAUAAUUUAGGUCAGGUGCUGGUUUAGUAUCACUCUUAUCUGUUCUAAAAGUCACUAUUUUAUUAUCUGUAAGAAGAAUUUCUGAUCGACCAUAUGCUUAUUAAAUGCAAUCUUUGUUGACAACACCCUCCUUCUUUCAAUCUAAACAAUAAAAAAUGGACUUGGUAAAUUUCUGUGCAAAACAGUGUCUCCAGAGCAUACCUGGGAUUGCAUAUAGUAUGGACUGUAAAAAAGGAUUAACUGCUGAAUCUUAAAUGAAUGUAACUAUAACAGUCUGAGACUUAUUUUGAACAUCUUGUAACAUCAAUGUACUUAUCGUUAUGUUUCCUUUCUUUUGUAACAACAGCUAAAAGCGGAAGGCAGUAGAGAAAAGCCACAACCCAAUUCUGACAAAAAAGGGAAUUUAUCUUCUGACAAAGGCCAAGGCUCCAACACUUCUAGCAGUGGUACACAAGCAUCACAGCCAAUGAGCAAUCAUGUCGAAGAACCCAUGUCACCUGGACAAGAUGGAUCAAGUAGUGCAGGUAGUGUGAUUCAAGCUGGAAGCUGCUCCCAAACAAUUGUAGGCAGUAGCUUUGAUGGGGAUGUUGUCUCUUCAAGCUGUGAGAGAACCCCAGGAGGCCUUGACAUUCCAUCUAGCCGGGAGAGUCCAAGAAGCAUGGGCAAUUCCAUGUUGGGGGUCUCGCCAAGAAGUCCUCCAUUUGUAAGCCAACUUCCAGAUAUCAUAGAAGGAGACUGGGAACCUGGAGAGAACGGUGCUGUGACUACUGCACAAGAGGUCAGACCACCAGCACCGAGUGUCAAUCUUCCAAAAAUCGAUGUUCACAAAAGGGACGUUGCCCAGUGGGUGAGUGAUGUUCACCGCAGGAUGAGCCAAACUUCACGGAGAUCAAGUGAUGGCAGCCAUUUAUCUGUGGAGCUUGGUGAUGCAAGCAGAAGGUCUAGCCAAGAAAGUGGUUGGUCUUCUUAUGGCAGUCAUCGAUCUAGCCUGGCUAGUCCCUUUCCAACCACAAAUAUUCAACCUCAAGAGGUUAUACCGCACUAUCCAAAUGGGUGUCCUCCACCCGUACCUACUGGUAUGACUCCUCUUCAUUGCAGACCAAAUUUACAUCCUUUUGAUAGUAGUGAUGACACUCUUCGUCGAACCAGUGAGACAAGCACUUGCAGCAAUCAAAGUGCACCUUACAACAGACUGAGCCGUAAUAGUAGUGGUUAUGGAAGUCAGUCAAACUUAGCAGUUAUUCGUAGUCCCAUUUUCCACAAGAUCCCACCCUCCUCUCACUUACUCCCACAAAGAAAUAACUGCAACAAUGCUGCAAACAGAAGGAAAAGUGACACUGUGAUAUGCGAGGCAGAUAGUUCUGGGGGUUACUUGCCCCAAAAUGGAAAAAGUGAGCUGCGCCGUAGUAGUGAACCAAUCAGGCAAUCAAGAGCACAUAUGAGUAGGCCGGAGCCUCUAAAUGGCACAGUCAACAGGCAAGUGAUGCCAAUGCCAAACGUAAAUGAAACAGAGCUUAUUUGUGGGGAUGUAGAUCCACAAGAGUUUGAUGCAUAUCUAAAUGGACAAGGGCAAGGGCAGUUGGAACCAACUCCUCCCUUGCAUCCUCCUCCAGUACGUCAAGGUAUGUCAGUUUCCCAACCUCAUCAGACACAACGAUUACGCCACUACCCAUAUCCUGAAGAACAAGAGGCAGCUCAACAACCCCAUCAACUCAGUUUACAGACUGUGCAUCAUCGACCACAGCCGUGCCUUCAGAGAAAUUCUCAACAAGUGCAGUGGCCACAGUCCAGCUACAGAAGUGAGCAACUACUUAGUGUACCAGAUGUCAGUGGUGGCUUUUACCCAGCCUCAGAGAAUGCAGCAUAUAGUACUUCAGGGGAACAGACCCCUGCUCAGAAGACCCAGUGUGACAUGGCAAAUCAUGAAAUAGAUGCCAUGGUGUCAGGGAUGGGAUUGCUAUCCACUGAAAAUGGUGGUGUGUCAGAAUUUGUGGGAAAUGGAAACAUGGUAGUUAAUGACAUGAAUACUUUAUUGAACUCUCUACGCGAGGAAGAGAGGUACUUAGAAAUGUGUCAGAACUCUAGAGGUCAAGCAACUGGAAGUGCAAUGUCCAUAUUUUAAGUUUAGAUGUAGGCAGACUGAUCAAAAACAAGGGCUGUCUUCUUUCACUAGGGCUGGAUCAACUUGAAAGAAACAGGGUGUAAAGUAAAAGCAGAUGUCCAUAUGUAAAUUUGUGCCAAUUGUUUGUGAUCAUAUGGAACAGACAUAGUCUGAACAAAAGCCUGAAACAUUUUAGACAUAGAAUAGACAGAAAAGUUCUAAUUAUCUCAGUUCUCAAGACUGUUCUGUUUCAUUUAUGGAAUGGCCAGUUGUCAAUGGAAAGAGCCUCACUGUUUUUGGUCUCCUGUUAACAAAUUAAAAUUAUAGAAACCACUAAGGGUACAGAAUUAGUUCCUUGGGAAAACACUCACAACUAAAUGUACUGCAAAUCAUGGAUAAUGUGUGUA